AGGAGCACAUCCCCAGGUACAUCAGCUGUCUGCCUACUGCAGCGAUGGUGAAAGCAGCUGCCUUCCUCCUUGUGCUCCUCCUGGCCCUGGGGGCUCACAGCCUCUCUGUGAAAAAAAAGUGCUCCCUGGUCGGGCGCUGGGUGAAUGACCUGGGCUCCAACAUGACCAUCACAACUGUGAAUGGAAAUGGUGUCUUUGCUGGCUCCUACCACACGGCUGUGACAGCCACCUCGAAAGAGAUCAAGCUGUCACCACUGCAGGGAUCCCUGCAGAAGAGCCCUAACCAGAAGGGCCAGCCCACCUUUGGCUUCACCGUCAACUGGAGCUUUUCAGAUUCCAUCACUGUAUUCACGGGCCAGUGCUUUGUGGAUGAGAAUGGAAAGGAGGAACUGAGGACCAUGUGGCUUCUGAGGUCACAUGUGGACAAAAUAAAAGAUGACUGGAAAGCCACCAGGGUGGGCAUCAAUGUCUUCACCCGUCUGCAGUCACAGGAGUGAGAGCGGCAUCGGGGGCUUCCCAGGCCAGCAGCAGUGCCAGGGGAGUGCCCCUGCUCCUGCAGCACCACCUGCUUCUCCCAGUAAAGCUUUGCUGCAAAUAUUUACAGUCUCCUGUCAUGUUGUUGCAAAAUGUUGGAUAAGUAAAACGUUGCUUUAAAAGC